CACGACUUUGAAUCGCAUAAGGCCAGCCACAUCAUUUGCGAUGUUCCGCUCCAUCACUCACCUCCGCAGCCGUGCGGCCAUCAGCAAGGCGUCGCAUGUGUCGCGCGUGUUCUCAACCGUGGACGCGUACCGGUUGACGGACCAAUUCGCGCGCCGCCACAUUGGUGCCGGUGAAGAAGACACGGCGGUCAUGCUACAGAAGAUUGGCGUCAACUCCAUCGAAGAGUUGAUCGGCAAGACCGUCCCAUCCGAGAUUCGCUUGACCAAGCCGCUCGACUUACCCGAAGCGUUGAGCGAAAGCCAGGCGUUUGCCGCGCUCAAGAAGAUCGCGUCGCAAAACAAGACGUACAAGUCUUUCAUCGGCGCCGGUUUCAACGACACAUUGACCCCGUUCGUGAUCAAGCGCAACGUGCUUGAAAACCCCGGCUGGUACACUGCGUACACGCCGUACCAGGCCGAAGUGUCGCAAGGCCGCCUGGAAAUGCUCCUCAACUUCCAGACCAUGGUGAGCGACUUGACCGGCUUCCCCGUGGCCGGCGCGUCGUUGCUGGACGAGGCCACCGCCGCCGCCGAAGCCAUGGCGCUGUGCAACGGUGCGUUCAACGGCAAGCGCGCCAAGUUUUUCGUGUCGCGCGACGUGCAUCCCCAAAACUUGGCCGUGUUGGAAACCCGCGCCGAAGGUUUCGGCAUCGAGUUGGUCGUGGGAAACCCUCUCACCGACUUGGACUUCUCCACCAAGGAGUACUCGGGCGCGCUCUUGCAGUACCCCAACACUUUUGGGUCCGUUGAAGACUACACCAAGCUCACGGACGCGGCCAAGGCGAACCAGUCCCUUGUGGUUGUGGCCACCGACCUCUUGGCAUUGACGCACUUGAAGAACCCCGCCGAGUUUGGCGCCGACAUCGCCGUCGGGUCCGCCCAACGCUUCGGGGUGCCGCUCAUGUUUGGCGGUCCCCACGCUGGUUUCAUCGCCACGUCCGAAAAGUACCAUCGCAAACUUCCCGGCCGCAUCAUCGGUGUGUCCAAGGACUCCCGCGGUGAGCGCGCGCUGCGCAUGGCCAUGCAAACCCGCGAACAGCACAUUCGUCGCGACAAGGCCACCAGUAACAUCUGCACGGCGCAGGCGCUUCUGGCCAACAUGGCGGCGUCGUACGCCAUCUACCACGGCCCCGACGGCCUGCGCAAGAUCGCCGCGCGCUCCAACCUCUUUGCCGCGACCUUGGCGGCGGGUGUGCGCAGCCACACCAAGGCCACACUCGUCCACGACCACUUCUUCGACACGGUUGAGAUUGACUUGGCCGGCUCCGGCCUCUCGGGCACCGACGUGCAGCGCCGCGCUAACGCCCACGAAAUCAACGUCCGCGUGAUCAGCGACUCCCGCGUGAGCGUGUCCUUUGGGGAGAGCGCCGAGCUCUCUGACGUGGGCAAGUUGCUGUAUGCCCUUGGCGCCACUGAGGUGGUGUCGGCGGCGGCGCUGGACGCCCUCAAGCCCGCCGCCGCCAAGGUGCAAUCGAGCAGCAUCCCCGCGUCGCUCCAGCGCACGUCUCCGUUCUUGGAGCACCGCGUGUUCAACUCCAAGCACUCGGAAACCGAACUCAUGCGAUACCUCAAGUCGCUGGAAGACAAGGACUUGGCGCUCAACACGUCCAUGAUCUCUCUCGGGUCGUGCACGAUGAAGCUGAACGCCGUGGCCGAGCUCGAGCCCGUGUCCUGGCCAGAAUUUACCAACGUACAUCCGUUCGCCCCCGAAGACCAAACUCUCGGGUACCUGGAAAUGAUCGACACGCUGCACAAGGCUUUAGCGGAAAUCACGGGUUUCGCCGCCGUAUCGUCGCAGCCCAACUCUGGCGCGCAAGGCGAAUAUGCCGGUCUCUUGGCCAUCCGCGCCUUCCACAAAGCCAACGGCGACCACCACCGCAAUGUGUGCUUGAUUCCGGUGUCGGCGCACGGCACGAAUCCCGCCAGCGCCGUCAUGGCCGGCAUGAAGGUGGUUGUGGUCAAGUCGGAUGACUCGGGCAACAUUGACCGCGUCGACUUGGAGGAAAAGGCCAACAAGCACGCGCACGAACUUGGCGCGUUUAUGAUUACGUACCCGUCCACGUUUGGGGUGUUUGAAGAAGGUGUCAAGGACAUGUGCGACCUCAUCCACAAGCAUGGCGGUCAAGUGUACAUGGACGGCGCCAACAUGAACGCCCAAGUCGGUCUGUGUAACCCCGGCGGCAUCGGCGCCGACGUGUGCCACUUGAACCUGCACAAGACGUUCUGCAUCCCCCACGGUGGCGGAGGACCGGGCGUCGGGUCGAUCGGGGUCGCCGCUCACUUGGCGCCGUUCUUGCCCGGGAACCCCGUCGUGUUGACUGGCGGCGAAGGCAACCACGUGGUGAAGAAGGCCAACUUGGCCGUGAGCGCCGGACCGUUUGGAUCCGCGGGCAUCCUCCCCAUCUCGUGGAUGUACAUCCACAUGCUGGGCGAACAGGGGCUAGUCAAGGCGACGUCGCACGCGAUUCUGCAUGCCAACUACAUGGCUAAGACCCUCGAAGACCACUACGACAUUGUGUUUCGAGGCAAGAACGGCACGUGCGCGCACGAGUUUAUCAUCGAUAUCCGCCCGUUCAAGGCCCACGGCAUCGUGGAAGAGGACGUGGCCAAGCGGCUGCAAGACUUUGGCUUCCACUCGCCCACCAUGUCGUGGCCCGUCGUAGGAACGCUCAUGAUUGAGCCCACGGAAAGCGAAAACCUCGCGGAAAUGAACCGCUUUUGCCAAUCCAUGAUCCUCAUCCGCCAAGAGAUUGAGGACGUCGUCCAAGGCAAGAUCGCCGUCGAGGACUCGCCGCUCAAGCACGCGCCCCACACUGUGGACGUGGUGACCGCCAACAGCUGGGACCGCAAGUACUCGCGCACCCAGGCGGCGUUCCCUGCGCCGUGGCACAACGAAGGCAAGACCAAGGCGUUCUGGCCCACGGUUGGUCGCGUCGACAAUGUGUUUGGCGACCGCAACCUCGUGUGCUCGUGCCCGCCCCUUGACUCGUACAUUGAAGAAUAAACUCACUACACUUACUUGAUGGGGUAACUAACUGUCUACUACUACUUGUCGGGCUCGCUGGUGGUUGAUGUAUGUAGUAUUGAUACUAGUAGUGUCCUACUAGUAUUAGUUACUUCGAAGUAGCACACGUACCUAGUAUUAUUCAUUUUCAAAUUCAUCUGACUGUUAGCAA